UCUCCCUGUGUACGUAGACAUACAUCUGGCGUCGCUGUGCGCUCUAGCUCUGUCGUUGUCCCCACUUUACUUUGGUCUUAGCAUGUCACUUUCGGAGGCUUGACCCUUAGCGCCACAUCUGCGCAAACAUCCAGGGCGUGCAAGCGCCGAUGCCACCCCGGUGUCAAAAAUCCGAGUUUCCAACCUGGCCGAGGAACAUCGUCUCGGCCGAGUCAUCGCCCAGGCUGCCAAUCACUCUCCUCUCCGCACAAAACGCGACGCCAUGGGGGCCGACAUCUAUUGUGCCAUCUGCUGCGGGCCUUUCGCGAGGGCCACGGUCGGGGUAGAACAGAGGUCAUCCGUCUGGCGUCAGCACCAUUUCCGACCGAACGUGGACCUCGACGUGGUGGACCAGAACCUCCCCGGUUCCGCUGGUGCAAGAGACCAACCGGGCGAGGGCUCAAACGUGGCCAGUGCUCCAGAGGAUAAUGUGAUGGAUUACGUUUACAGCCCGGACGUCAUUCUUGACGAGGUCGAAAACGGCCAGGUCCGUUGGGUCCGCGAUGUCUAUUUGAUUGGGUUCGAUGGGAGCCGGGCGGCGAUAUUUGGCCCUGGUUCUCAUGACGAUUUCAGCUAUGUGAACAUGGAAGUCGAUCUCGAUCCAUUUGGGAAUGAGCAGGAGUGCUGGGAGUGCUACACCGAUACUAUCCAGCAACAUCCAAGCUAUCCAUUCCACAAGCCAUGCUACGACGUUCUUGCCAGAUUGCUCUCCAGGGACAAAGAAAUGAGCGCGGGAGAGACAGAGCGUCUGUACCAAGCCAUGCGGACAUUGGGUGAAGAUUGCGGAGUCGCGCUGGACCUCGACUAUAGGUUGGAGGGCCAGGAAUACGAGCAGUUCUGGGUUGUUCAGCGUGGCAAGGAAUACACCGUAACCUCGCCCGCUGAAUCCCCAGCCGUUUUGAUGCAUUUGCAAAGCGUGCUUCAGAAGAACUGUUUCCGUCAAAGCUCAGUGGAUGAUGCAUCGACAGGUUCUUUGCGGGAGGGCCAGGACUUGUUCCGAAAUCUGCCGCGAGAAAUCCUGCACAGCAUUGUGGCUUAUCUAGAGAAUGACCAGCUUCCUCAACUGUUGAUGGCAUCACGGCAGGUGAGGGCAGCACUCCGCCAUGACAAUGGGUUCUGGAGGUUGCGGAUCCAGAACACCAUGGCCUGGUUUUUCGAACUCUUGGGCUACCUCGACCAUCACGAGUCGGGUGUUGUUCGCGAGCUAGACCUAAAACGUGUCUUCGAAUGGGCAAACACCAGCUCCAAGGGAUGCAUGGGAAUGAAGGGGCCGUUGAUGGUUGUGGCCAACCGGCGCCGUAUCUGGGAAACGGCCUGCACAGCGAUUCAAAAAGUAUACCACGCCAAAGCGUAGUGUAUUUAGCGUACGUUACACAAGCUAGAUUUCGGUCGGGUAUUAGCAUAUACUGUCAGUCAUGGGAUUAAAGACUCAACAAGCUGGCAGGACUGAUGAUGCAGUGCUCCUCCCAAGUCUCAAUGCGGAACAUCCGCGAAUGUAUGCCAUCGUACUAGCAAAGUCGAUUCGCAAGCGAGGCAAGGAUUGUCAUCCGGGUAACCUCUUCAGCUCAUGCAGGUACGUAAUAAGGGCGAUGAACCCCAUGGGGAAUGCGGC